CUUGAAUUAUAUAACUGACUCUUUUCCUUAGUACCCAUCCUGCUUUAAUAAAAUAAACUGUUCAUUUAAAACUCCAAUACCAAAGUAGUUCUCCAUAAUACACCAUGUCCUCAUCUCUGGACAACCUAUACCUUCUUUCGCCUGAGGAGCAACAGGCCAUCCUCAACAGCCCGGCACUUGCUCCACCUCAAGACGAUAUUAUACCAAACUUUGAGAGCCCACCGAAUAUGAACCGACUUGGUAUUUACUUCACCACAAUUGCUUUGAGCGUAGUGACCAUUGCCAUUUUCCUACGCGCUUACGUGAAAGUCGCUGUUAUGAAACAAGUGCAAAUUCAAGAUUAUAUUGCGGUCCUAGCAUAUGGCGCCUUUAUUGGAUACUGCUAUUCUUUAUAUCAACUUGUUGGGGCAGUAGGCCUACUCGCCCACCAGUGGAAUUUUCUGGUGCGUGACAUGUCCGAGCCUGGCUAUAUAUUUGUAAUUGCGACCAACUUCUAUAUAGUUGAUCUCAUGUUCAUUAAGACAUCUAUCAUAAUGGAUUGGGUCUGGAUAUUUGCGCCACGGGGUACUCGUGGAGGAUUCUUUUGGAGUUAUUAUGGUACACUUUGCUUCAACUUCCUCUAUUAUCUUUCCUGCAUCAUCGCAAGAAACCUCACCUGCAUACCUAUCAAGAGGAUAUGGGACAAGACAAUUCCUGGUAAAUGCUUUGAUACUGUUCCCCUGAACCUCGUGUCAGCCAUUGUGAACUUAGUUUGUGAUCUCGUCAUUCUCGUUGCCCCUCAAAGAAUCAUCUGGCGCCUACAAUUGACGAGAUGGAAAAGGGCCGGCAUUUCCAUCAUUUUCGCUAUAGGUUUAAUUACCAUCGCUGGUGCCAUCUCUCAGACAAUUAUAGUCAUACAAGCGUCACCUGAUUUCAUCUUUAUGAUUGGGAGAAGAGGGCUAGUGGGUCUGGCCGAGCUGACGUUUUCACUUCUUUUGUUUUGUGUCCCCGUUAUUCCGAAGGCUUUCAAAGAAUUGAGGCCAUUUAGUCGCCUGAUGCACUCCGUUCGCCCCUCCACAUCUCGAUCCAUGAGCGGAAGUUCGAGCGGGUGGAGGCUCCGGGAGACAUCAAACAAUGGUAGGGGAUAUAACUGCAUGGUCUCUAAUGAGACAUCUUUGACGAAUCCAAAUCCUGUUAGACUUCGAUGUUCAGGAGACAUGGAUGAUAUUCAAAGCAACGAGAACCACGACGGACAAACAACAAAAGGAGGUAUCACCCGUACAAUGCAGUUUACAAUGCAGUUUACCGCUAUCGAAGAACGCCGAUAGGAACCCGGGGCAUUACGUUUAGAAGGUUACCACCAGCCGUGGGGUUCGGGUUGUGUAUAGCACGAUCCUAGAACAAUUGUGUGUCUCCUAUGUACCUACCUAGGUACUUAACCACCGGCCAGCCUGGGGUGGGUGGCCUGGGUAUGAUCGGAAUGGAUAUAGGUCUCGGGAUUAUUGGGUUAUAUCUUAGGUGUGAGGAUACAUGGCGGACUCCAACACGGUCACUAUUAUGUAUGGAAUAAGAGUAGUUUUGAUUAAUCGAAAGGAUGGGAUGCAGGCUCUGAAUGUUACACGCCCUUUCGCCAACUGUAGAUCCGACGG